GAGGGGAGAGGACGUCAUGUUGACGAAACGAAACCUAAGGCACCCCGACGUGGAAGCAGUUCUCUCUUUCAGGAGAAAAAUAACACGCAUUAAAUAGUCUGACAGACAGAAACAACAACUAGGAAUGGCCUCUGCUAUCACUUCCUGGUCUGAAGAGAACUUUUCAUGUUCCAUCUGUCUGGAUGUAUUCAACAGUCCAGUUUCCACACCAUGUGGACACAAUUUCUGCAGAACCUGUAUUACUACGUUCUGGGAUGAACAACUCCAGUACAAAUGUCCUGUUUGCAACGAGCUUUUCCACACUAGACCUGAUCUACGGGUCAAUACCCUUUUAUCAGAGCUGGCUACUCAGAUUAGAACAACCUUACGAGUAGAAGAGCAGCCUUGUGUUGAACCAGGGGAAGUUCCCUGUGACGUCUGUACUGGGACCCAGCUAAAGGCUGUGAAGUCCUGCCUAGUAUGUCUUAUCUCUUACUGCCAACCCCACCUGGAGCCACAUCAGAGAGUCGCAGGCCUGAAGAAACAUCGGCUGGUCGAGCCUAUGGACCGUCUGGAAGACAGGAUUUGUACAAAACACAAUCAACUUCUGGAGCUCUUCUGCCAGACUGAACAGGUGUCUGUAUGUCAGAUCUGCACAGAGACAGACCACAAGUCCCAUCCUGUUGUACCUCUAAAGGAGGAAUAUGAAGUGAAGACGGCCCAGCUGGGGAAGAGAGAGGCUGAAGUUCCGCAGAUGAUCUGGGAGAGAAAACUAAAGAUUAAGGAGAUCAAAGACACAGUAGACAUGAGCAAGAAAGAUGCAGACAGAGAGAUAGCUGAUGGUGGGCAGGUCUUCAUUGCUCUGAUAGGCUGUGUUGAAAAGUCUGUCCUCCGUCAUACGUAG